AUGUCUACUCCCUUUGCUGAUUUACUUGCUGCUUCCAAAAACUCCCAAGAUAAUGCUGACUGUGAUGGUUGGCGCGACAAGUUGGUUGGUAAAGUUAUCCUGAAUGAUGAUGAGGAAAGCGCACUUGGCGCAGAUGAGUGCGUGCGCAGGAAGGAUUUACCCAAGCUUAGCAGAGUACUUGCUCCCAACUCUGUAGCAACCAUGGAUUAUCGACCUGAUCGUUUGAAUGUACGAGUGGAUCAUACUAUGAGAAUUACUGGUGUUAACUACGGUUAA